GUCCAGGGUGUACCCCGCCUUUCACCCGACCGUUUCUAGCAUGGACUCCAGCCCUCAUACAACCCUGAGCGAGUCUAGCAAAUGGGAGGCUGCCUGCAUUCAACCGUUGCCAGCGUUUUGUCACGUGAUUUGACGCAUUGCUCUCGUGAUCUCUUUGGAGCAUAGCAGAUGCGCGUGUGUAUUGUUUAUGUUUGCUUGAGUCUGUCAAAAAUGAGCCCUGCAAUGAUCAACUCCACCAACUCCGUGUCAACAACGAGAAGAAAAAGAGAUGCAGAGCGCUCGGUUAACUGGACAGAGGAGGAAACCCAGGUGCUUCUCUGUGCCUGGAGUGACGAGCGUAUCCAAAAGAGUCUGGUGGAAAACCUCCGCAACACUCACAUCUUCAAGCACCUCUCAGCUCGCAUGAGUGAAAUGGGCUUUUCUCGCAGUCCCCAUCAGUGCCGACUAAGAGUGAAAACUCUGAAGGCCAACUACGUAAGAGCCAAACUACAGCAGAGCGUCGAUGCUUCGCAGCCGUGCAGCUUCAAAUAUUUUGCAGAGAUGGACGCAGUGCUGGGCAGAAGGUCAGUUGGAGGGGGAGUGGGACGGCGCUGCAUUUUUCAGGCAGGGAUGGCCACGUUGUACAUUGAUGGGACUGGAAAUGCCCAAUCAAAUCUGAAUUCAAAUAUACAAUUUAAUGCACAUCACCCCAGUUCAUUUCAGAGCACAGGAAGCCAAAGUUUGAGCUCCGUGGAAGAGCAGGCAAGUAGGCAUUUUGAAUCUGUGAUCAAGUUGGAGGACAGAGAACAGUCAACAGAUGAGUUUGAAUCUAGUGACGCAGGAUUUUCACAACAUCCCAGAGACGGAUGUCACCGAGUCCUCAGGGAGACGGCCAUUCACACUGAAAGUAAUGCUACAACAAUGGAAAACAGCCUGAGCACACCUUUACCACGUGUUUUACCACCUUUGCCUCCUCCCGAGCCUGCUGCCUCUCCUCUCCCAGCACCAUCAGGCAAAAGCCCCAACACACUCCUCACCUCCAGCCACCGUCACCCUGAAUCCUCCUGUCUCGAGCCUGCCCUCACAAAGCUGUUAAAGUGUUUCCAGGAGCUUGCGUCGGACACGCAGGGUUUACUGGUGCAGCUAGAGAGUCAGAGGCAGGAGUAUGCCCGCUGGCAUCAGGAGCUCCUGUCCCAGUGGCUACAGAGGGAGGAGCGCCGACAGAGGGAGACAGCUGAGAGGGAGGAGAGGAGGGAGAAAGCUCGCAUGGAGCAUGAAAUCAGAGUCUUGGAACUUCUCACCAGUCUGACCAAACAACAGGAGUGUACUUGUAGAGAGGAUAAGGGUCGAUCAGAGGCACCAACCGGUCCAAAUCAUACCAUGAACAGAGAUGGAAAUUAGGAUGUCAUCACUCCAAAUAUAAUUAUAGUGGUUAACCUAACGAGUGGAAUAGUACUCAAACUCAGGUGGAGCUGGAUACGAACAAUGAUAACAUACUGAGCAGUUAGUUCAGCACGGCUUUAAUUAAGAUUCCAAAAUAAUUUAAAAGACUCUAAUCCAACUUAAGAUAAAGCCCCCUUCAGACAUGGACCUGUUUCAUUGAAUCUGCUAAUCAAAGCUGCUAGAGUAUGGGCACCAGCCCCAUUCUGGGGAGCAGAAAAAUUAUGCAUCCAGUAAAAAAAAACACUGCCUCAACCUUAGAGUCUGUUUCUGAUGUUUCCUUAGAGAGAUGUUUCUGUCUGUAGACACCUGCUUCAUAAACAGAAAUGUCAGCUGCACCAGUUUUUCGUAUCUGCUUUUGAAAGUCAACCAGACUUUAUGUUCACACUUAUGGUAGGUCAGAGCUACUGAAACUGCUGGAUGUCAUAUUGUACUUAACAGCCAGAUGAGGGUGGGUUAAGUAGUUUUUUACCCAGUCUAGAAAAGGUGGUAAAGAAAAGAGUCUGCGGUUGUUGUGUAUCAGGGCCCUGUUGUACGUUGUGAGAUGAGGUGAAAAAGCUAAUCAUAAUUAAUUUCAGAUGAUGUGAAACUACUUUUUUUUUUUUCUAAAACCAGUUCUCUGCUAAAUAUACCCACAUAAACUAAGAAAACAGACUAUUAAAUUAAAAUGUCUGUUCUGCAUUAUAUGUAUAUGCUGACUGGCAUCUGGCAGGGUUCUAUGAUUUUAAUAGAUUACCAUUUCUAAUUCAAAACAUAACAGUUACAGACAAGUUUCACAUUCCAUGUUCCCACAUUUUUUUAAUGUAGUCAAUUUUUAAAAAACGCCAUCAAGCUUUACCAGGUAUGUUUAAAAUGAAUUUGUCUUUUUGCUCCCCUUCAAACUCCACUUAAACCACACUGGUCAAUGUGGCACAGAUCAAAGAAACAAGAAAGUUUUCAGUCACACAAAUAAGCCAACAGAGACCCCAAAUGUCCACCUGUUCGUAUAGAUGACCUAAUCCAUAUCUGAGGGAGGUUUAGGAAGAUCAUUUCUCGCUGAAAAGCAGCAGUAAGCCAUGCUCAUACAGCUAUACAAAUAAAAGACAGAAAUGACGGAUGAUGUGUACGUAGUGGUUUUUCAUGUGUCAAAUGUGCCUGAGGCCUUCCUAUGGCUUUGCUUUGUUGUUAAACUAAAUUAAAACUAUGUAAUUAAAUUUUAUAUUCAUUUAUAUUGUAUUAUUAUGUUUUAUUCCUCCUGUAAAUUGUGUCUGAUUUGAACAGUCAUCACAUGUACAACAACCUUCUGUGAUUUAUUACAGGUGAACUAUCAGCAUCAAAACUACCACUUAUGACAGUUUCCCAAAUUCACAUUUUGAUAAACUUUUUACAGACUUUGAAUACCACAUACUCUUAUGUUGGAGCUGAAACAAAUUUGAAUUUGUGUUCACAAUAGAUGAACUUCACACAAAUCCCUUUUUGUUUCUGGACAAAGUACUUUGUAUCUCAUAACACAACUCUGCAUAUUUGUUACUAUCUAAUUGAUUUCUGCUUUCAGAGAGCCAUUCAAACAUUACUUUGUAUAAUUUUUACUCAUGU